CUGUGGAGUGUGAUGAAAGGGAAGUAACGGAGUAGAAUGUGGAGGGCAGGCAUGUCAGAGGAGAUAGGGAGAGCUCUGGUCUGUGUGCGGGAGAAGGUGCAGAAUGCUGCGGCCAAGAGAGCGCAGGGUCUGCCUGCGGUGCAGCCUAGAUUGGUGGCUGUUAGUAAAACCAAACCUGCUGACGUGGUGAUUGAAGCUUACAAACACGGACAACGAUAUUUUGGGGAGAAUUAUGUCCAAGAAUUAUUGGAAAAGGCCACCAAUGCUAAUAUUUUGUCAUCCUGUCCAGAUAUUAAAUGGCAUUUCAUUGGCCACCUGCAGAAACACCACAUCAACAAGUUGGUUGCCCUCCCAAACCUUUACAUUUUGGAAACUGUGGACUCUGUAAAGCUUGCUGACAAAGUCAAUGCUUCCUGGCAGAAGAAAGGAUCCACCGAGAAACUGAAAGUCAUGGUACAAGUCAAUACCAGCAGUGAAGAAAGUAAACAUGGUCUGUCUCCAUCCGGAACUGUAGAUCUGGUGAAACAUAUCAAGGAGAAGUGUCCUGGUUUGGAGUUUGUGGGACUUAUGACCAUAGGAAGCUUUGGCUAUGAUCUCGGCCAGGGUCCCAAUCCUGACUUUCAGCUGCUGCUCAGACAGCGUGAAGAGGUGUGUGAGAAGCUGGGGCUCCCUGUAGAAGCCGUGGAGCUGAGUAUGGGAAUGUCUUCUGACUUUGAGCAUGCAAUUGAGGUUGGCUCCACUAAUGUCCGCAUUGGCAGCACCAUCUUUGGCGAGCGAGUCUACGCCAAGUCAGCAAAGGGAGAAGCGAAUGUAACUAAUACAGAAGAGAAAUUAGGCAGCUUGUCGGUACAAGAACAGUGAUG